AUGCCGCCUCCUCCUCCUCCUCCUCCUCCUCCUCUUUCUUCUCCUAUUAAUUUAUUAUUCUGUCUUUCCUUCUUUCUUUAUUCAUUUUCUAUUUUUCUUUCUUUCUUUCUUUUUUUCUUUCUUUCUUUCAUUCAUUCAUUCAUUCUUUCUUUCUUUCUUUUCUGCCCAAUGGAUAAAAAUGGGCUGAAAAGAAAGCAGUUAACGAUAAUUUCCUUUUCCUGUUCGCUUCAAUUUCUUUACAAUGGAUUUUCUCAAAUUCUUUUCUUUAUUAAUUUCUUUCUGUCUUUCUUUCUUUGUUUCUACUCUUAUUCAUUACUACAUUUUCUUUUUUCUUUCUUUCUUCUUUUUUUCUUUCUCUCUUUCUUCAUUUCUUUCUUUGUAUAUGUAAAAAUUUUCUUUUUUCUUUCUUUUUUUCUCCACUUUUUUCUCUCUUUCAUCGUGUCUCUUAAUUAUGAACUUUUAUUCAUAUGCAAAAGUUUCCAUCACAUUUUCUUUGUGUCUGGGGAACAGGCACAAGGCUUAAACCAGAUUUUCGCUGAAAAUGUUUCGAUCUCAACUAAAGUAAAAAUUCUUCUUGAUUGUGUUUUUUUUUCUUUCUUUCUUUCUUUUUUUCUUUCUUUCUUUCUUUCUUUCUUUCUUUUGUUAUUUCUUUCUUUCAUUCUUUCUUUUGUUAUUUCUUUCUUUCUUUCUUUUGCUAUUUCUUUCUUUCUUUUGUUAUUUCUUUCUUUCUUUAUUUUGUUAUUUCUUUCUUUUUUUUGCUAUUUCUUUCUUUCUUUCUUUCUUUUGCUAUUUCUUUCUUUCUUUUGUUAUUUCUUUCUUUCUUUCUUUCUUUCUUUUGUUAUUUCUUUCUUUCUUUCUUUCUUUUGUUAUUUCUUUCUUUUUUUCUUUCUUUCUUUUGCUAUUUCUUUCUUUCUUUUGUUAUUUCUUUCUUUCUUUCUUUCUUUUGUUAUUUCUUUCUUUUAUUCUUUCUUUCUUUUGCUAUUUCUUUCUUUAUUUUGUUAUUUCUUUCUUUCUUUCUUUCUUUUGUUAUUUCUUUCUUUCUUUCUUUUGCUAUUUCUUUCUUUCUUUUGUUAUUUCUUUCUUUCUUUCUUUUGCUAUUUCUUUCUUUCUUUCUUUCUUCCUUUUGCUAUUUCUUUCUUUCUUUUGUUAUUUCUUUAUUUCUUUCUUUCUUUCUUUUGUUAUUUCUUUCUUUUUGUCUUUCUUUCUUUCUUUCUUUUUUUUUUUCUUUCUUUUUUCUUUCUUUCUUUUUUCUUUUCUUUCUUUUUUUUUCUUUCUUUUUAUUUCUUUCUUUUCUUUUUUUUCUUUGUUAUUUCUUUCUUUUUUUCUUUUCUUUUUUUUCUUUCUUUCUUUUUGUUAUUUCUUUUGUUUUUCUUUCUUCCUUUUUUGCUAUUUCUUUCUUUCUUUUGUUAUUUCUUUCUUUCUUUCUUUCUUUUGCUAUUUCUUCCUUUCUUUUGUUAUUUCUUUCUUUUGUUAUUUAUUUCUUUCUUUUGUUAUUUCUUUCUUUCUUUUGUUAAUUCUUUCUUUCUUUCUUUCUUUUGUUAUUUCUUUCUUUCUUUCUUUUGUUAUUUCUUUCUUUUUUUUGUUAAUUCUUUCUUUCUUUCUUUCUUUCUUUUGUUAUUUCUUUCUUUCUUUUGUUAUUUCUUUCUUUCUUUUGUUAUUUCUUUCUUUCUUUCUUUCUUUUGUUAUUUCUUUCUUCCUUUCUUUCUUUCUUUUGUUAAUUCUUUCUUUCUUUCUUUCUUUCUUUUGUUAUUUCUUUCUUUCUUAUAUUUUUGCACAAUUUCUGUCUUUUACCGUCUGUCUUACAUUUUUCUUUCUAAAUUCUUUCUUCGCUUAAUAAUUCUCUAUUUCCUUCCUUCUCUUUCCUCUCUUUCUUUCAAUAUUUUUUCUUAA